AUGGUCCCAACCAAGCCCAAGGGCCAUUUCCCCUGGCCGAGCGUGUUCGUCCGUUCGACUUGCCACCACAGGAAAGAGAGGGUAGUCGUCCUCGGCUCCGGCUGGGCAGGAUACGCCUUGGCCCGCGAUCUUGACCCCCGAAAAUACGACCGCAUCGUCAUCUCACCACGGUCCUACUUCGUCUUCACUCCGCUGCUAGCAUCCACCUCCGUAGGCACCCUCGAGUUCCGUGCCAUCCUCGAGUCCGUCCGACGCCUCAAGCCGGACGCUUUCUACCAGGGCUGGGCCGAUGAUAUCGACUUCAACUCCAAGACCGUCCGUGUCGAGGCAAACCCCUAUGCUGACGAGUUGUCCUCUCGCACCCUUCCGGUCCAGGUUCAGCCCAAGCCGCCGUCUGCCACCGACGCGGUUCCCCAUCAGAAGAGUGAGAUGAUCGACGUCCCCUAUGACAAGCUCAUCUUGGCCGUUGGAGCUUAUUCCCAGACCUUCAACGUCCCCGGUGUUCGAGACCACGCCCAUUUCCUCCGCGACGUUGGCGAUGCCCGCGCCAUCCGCUCCCGUGUCCUCCAGUGCUUCGAGCGUGCUGCCGCCAUGCAACACGUCGAUUCAUCGGCUUCCCCUGACCCCCGUUCCGAACUCCUCCACUUCGCCGUCGUGGGUGGCGGGCCGACCGGUAUCGAGUUCGCCGCUGAACUGCAUGAUCUCGUCCAUGAUGACCUCGCCCGCCUCUACCCCCAUCUCAUGCGCCACGUCUCCAUCACCGUCUACGAUAUCGCUCCCAAGGUCCUGCCCAUGUUCGACCACCACCUUGCCGCCUACGCCGUCCAGACCUUCCACCGUCAGGGGAUCCAAGUGAAAACAGAACACCACUUGCAGGAGAUCCGCCCGGAUCCCGAAGGGAAGGGCGGUCCUCUCCGUCUCAAGAUCAAGGAGUACGGCGACCGGGAAAUCCCGGCCGGCAUUGUCGUCUGGAGCACCGGCCUUAUGCAGAACCCCCUCGUGAAGAAGGUUGCCGCCGAGGAACUCCGCACGCCGACCGAGGCCGUUGGGGAGAGAUCAGAGAGGAAAGGAGAAGCAGAAGGAAAAGUAGUCGAUGACGCGGGAACAGCCUCGUCGGCCCCGCUUCACAUCGAGACGGCCAAACGGAGCGGCAGCAUCCUCACCGACGACUACCUCCGCGUUCGCGUCGUCGACCACCAAGGCAACAACCCCCGCGUCCUGCCAGACGUCUUCGCCAUGGGGGACUGCGGGACCAUCGCCGGACAAUCGCUUCCUGCCACCGCCCAGGUCGCCGCACAGCAGGCCGUGUAUCUCGCCAAGGCCCUCAACAAGCACGCCGAGAACCCCGAAAUCAUUUACGCUAGCCAUACGAAGCCGUUCCGCUUCCGCAACCUGGGGACCAUGGCCUACCUCGGCAGCUGGAACGCCAUCCACCAGAGCAAGUAUGAUGGGCUGAAGGGACGGAUCGCCUGGGUGCUGUGGAGGAUGGCCUACUUGACCAGGAGCAUGAGCUUGAGGAACAAGAUUAUGGUGCCUGUGUACUGGGCUAUUACUUGGAUAUUCGGCAGAGAUAUUUCUCGGUUUUAG